UUCCGCCUUCGGGAGGUGUCAGUGGGGUGCUGAGGCCUCAAGGGGCGAGGCUUUGUGAGGCGGCGACGGGACCGGGAGGUUGUGGCCUGGGGCGGCCUCCGUGACCGCCCCGUCCCUCGGCGACCCUGGCCCGCGCACGAACGGCCCCGGAGCCGGUGCUGGGCAGGCCCGGAGAACGGCCCUGCGGCGCGGCGGUUCCCAUCCAGGUGUAUUCUUAGGAAGGACAUAGCCCUGUGCCACCCGUGCCAUGCAGUCCUUCUCUGAUCCCAGAUCUGGCUGGAUGGAAGUGACUUGGUCCAGACAGUGAAGAAAGUUACAGUCUCCAGGCCAUGGCUCUCAGGAACAAGAUGACUCGGGUGAGGUAAGGAAGGAGAGGCCUCGGGACUGCAGGUGCCGUUUUCAGCUCUUGACCAGAGGCUGUUUCCAGAGCGUCAGGACAGAGAGAAGGCCCAGAACAGCAGAAUUCCCCAAAGCAGCAGAAAAUGAUCAUGUCACAGGUAUCAUUUGAGGAUGUGGCUGUGGAUUUCACGUUGGAGGAGUGGCAGCUACUAAAUCAUAUCCAAAAGAACUUGUACAGAGACGUGAUGUUGGAGAACUACAGCAAUCUAGUGUUCUUGGGUCAUGAAAUUAUCAAACCUGAUGCAGUUUUGAAGCUGGAGCAAGAAGAGCCCUGGAAAAUAAAUGAAGAAAUUCUAAAUCACAACUUCUCAGGAAUGAGACUCCAUAAAUGUGGCACAAGUGAAAAAAGUUUGAAUCAUCCUUUUGAUUUUCUUAUUCAAAAAAAUAACUGUGGAAGAAAGAAACUUGAGCUUAAUAAGAAAUUGUUAUUCUAUAUCAAAACUGACAGAACCUUUGGUGGAAUAAAAUACUGUGACUGCAAUAAAUGUAGAAAGGCCUGCAACCAAGAGUCAUGGUUCAUUACAAACCAGACAACACACAGAGGAGUCUAUUUAUGCAUGGAAUGUGGUAAAGUUUUUAACAAGAAGUCACAGCUUAUUAUACAUCAAAGAACUCACACGGGAGAGAAGCCCUAUGGAUGCAGUGAAUGUGGGAAAGCCUUCUCUCAAAAGUCACUGCUCACUAUUCAUCAAAGGACUCAUUCAGGAGAAAAACCAUAUGGAUGUGGUGAAUGUCCAAAAGCUUUCAGUAGGAAGUCACUGCUCAUUUUACAUCAAAGAACUCAUACAGGAGAGAAGCCCUAUGGAUGCAGCGAGUGUGGAAAAGCCUUCAGCAGGAAGUCACAGCUUAAAAGACAUCAAGUAACCCAUACAAUAGAGAAACCCUACAGCUGUAGUGACUGCGGGAAAUCUUUCUCCCAGAAAUUAAAGCUCAUUACACAUCAGAGAACACACACGGGAGAGAAACCCUAUAAAUGUGGCGACUGUGGCAAAGCCUUCUUUUGGAAGUCACAGCUCAUUACUCAUCAAAGGACUCACACAGGGAAGAAACCUUAUGCGUGUAGUGAGUGUAAAAAAGCAUUCAGCAGGAACUCACUCCUGAUCAGGCAUCAGAGGAUUCACACAGGAGAGAAGCCCUAUGAAUGCAGUGAAUGUGGUGAAGCCUUCAUCAGAAAACCACAGCUUAUCAGACACCAAAUAACUCACACAGGAGAGAAGAACUGUCCGUGUAGCCACUGUGGAGAAGCCUUCUUUAAGAAGUCAGAGUUACUAAGACAUCAAAAGCUCCAUUUGGGAGAGAAACCCUAUGGGUGUGUUGAAUGUGGGAAAACCUUCUUCGGGAAGUCACAGCUUCUCACACAUCAGCGGACUCACACUGGAGAGAAACCUUUUGAAUGCAGUGAAUGUGGGAAAGCCUUCACCCAGAAGUCAAGCCUGAUAUCCCAUCAGAGAACUCAUACAGGCGAGAAACCCUAUGAAUGCAGUGAAUGUGGGAAAACCUUCAGUGAGAAAUCAAGUCUCAUUCAUCAUCAGAGAACCCAUACUGGGGAAAAGCCCUUUGAAUGUAGUGAAUGUAGGAAAGCCUUUGCCUGGAAGCCACAGCUUCUUCGGCAUCAAAGAAUCCAUACAGGGGAGAAACCCUAUGCAUGCAAUGAAUGUGGGAAAGCCUUUGUUCAGAAAGUACAACUCAUUAAACAUCAGAGAAAUCAUACAGGAGAGAAAACGUAUGUAUGCAGUGAUUGUGCAAAAGCUUUCUUUGAGAAGGCACAGCUAAUUAUACAUCAGAGAAUUCAUACAGGAGAGAGGCCCUAUAAAUGUGGUGAAUGUGGAAAGUCUUUCACUAGAAAGUCACACCUUAUGAGGCAUCAGAGAAUUCACACAGGUGAUAAAUACUAUGGGUGCAACGAAUGUGAGACUACCUUCAAGAGGAAGUCACAGCUCAUGAUCCAUCAGAGGAAUCAUGUAAUAUAGAAACCACGUGAGAGCAGUGAGUGUGUAAAGGCUGCUAGCAGGUGUCAUGCCUCUUAAUACUUCUGAGGAUACACACAGGAAAGAAACCCUGUCAUUGCAGUGACUGUUGGGAAAAAAAUUUUAUUGUGAAGGCAUGUGUCACGAAGAAGAAUUCAGAAAGAGAUUUUUUAAAAAGUAGACAACGUAAGAAAGUCUUCUCCCAGAAUACACAACUUAUUACACAUUGAUAUCUCAUCUAUCAAUAACAGAAACUUUUGGUCAAAAGUGAAAGCUUGUUAAAUAUUUAGAAGUCCUAAAUAGGUCAUAACGAGUGAGAGGAAGAUUUCAUUCAGGGUAACAUACGUACUAGAGAAUGUGUACAUAAGGGAAAUACUGAGUAUUAGAGAUUUCAUAGGCAGAAGUAGUCCUAAUAGUUUGAAGAAUUUUAUAAGCAUCAUACUAUUGAAAUAAUUCAGUAAUGAAGUAGAACUCAGUGCAGAGCUGACAACAGUUCCCACCGGCCAGAGUGGAAACAACUUUUAACACAUGGGCUUCAGGUCGAAUUCCUGGAAGACUGUUGCCUUAGUAGUGGUGGUAAUUAACCUAGAUUAAAAGCUACUUUGGACCCACAAUGUCUGGCAUGCAGAAAGGCAGGAAACUGUGACUUGUAACCAAUAGAAAAAUAAUCAGUAGAGACAUAGAAAAGACUGUGGUUAGAAGUGGUUAGAAUCAGUAGACAUGGAUGUUUAUAUAGCUAUUAUAAAGCAGAGGAAAACACGAAUUUGAUGAAACUUGAAGUGGAAGAUAUAUUUUUAAAAGCCGGAUGGUGCUUCGCAGGGUGAGGAUUUCUUAAAAAUAUAUAUAUAUGUGGGUGGAAUUAAGAACAGAUUAGACAUAGAAGAAGAAAAUAAUGAACUUGAAUAGUAAGAAUAAAAACUACCCAAAUGAUGCACACAGAGAAAAAAGAGAGAAGGGAAUGGGGGGUCCAUUACAGUGGUAUGAAAUACAUAUAAUUGGAGUUUCAGAAGGAAAGAGAGAAGAGGCAAAAGAGUAUUUGAAUAAGUAAUGGCUGAAAAAUUUCCACAUAUGCUGAAAAGUGUAACUCCACAUAUUCAAGAAGCUCAAAGAACACAAAACAGAAGAAACAAAGAAAAUCAUGCCAAUGGACAUCAUGUCACCUUGAUGAAAACCAGUGAGAACAACAGUAAAGCAAGUGAAGAAAAAAAGCCAAAGAAUGACAGCACACUUCCGACUAAAGACAGUGGAGAACCAUUUGUAAAUUACUGAGAGGGGAUAAAAAUCCUGCAACCUAGAGUUUACCUAUUAAAAGCAUCUUUCAAAAAUGAAAGCAAAAAGCUUUUUCAGGAAAGCAAAAAGAGAAUUCAUCACCAGCACACCUGCCUUCAGGAAACAUUAAAGUUAUUUUGGGGCAGCAGGAAAAUAACAGUACGUGGAAAUUUGGAUCUCCAGGAUGAGAGGAGGAGUUCUAGAAAUGGCAAAUAUAUAGAAGUAAAGUGUAUGGACAGACUGCAUCGUCUGAGUCAGAAACCCGUUUCCUCCAGGCCCAGGACGGUUGUGUUUGUUGCAGCUGCACAGAAGAUGCAUGGUGACGUUCCGGUGAUGGUUUCUCUGUCGCAGUGCUGUGUGAUCUAUGUAUGAUAAUAAAGUGAUUUCCACC